UUUUGCCACUGCUUUCAAAAUGGAUCGUUAUAAUCAGAAAUUUUCCUACUUUCUCCAUUUUUACAAGAACUACAAAGUUGAUUGGAUAUUAAAAUGGAGUUACGAACGGAAUGGAGAUGCUAUCGACAUUAAAUUUGAAACUCAAAUCACAAAAAUCUUAACAUUUUUUAUGAAGCCAUACUAUCAUACAUAUAUAUAUGCACACACUAAUUAGUUGUAAAAUAUAUAUAGUAAAUUAAAUAGUUGUAUGAAUAUUAUUAUAACCCUUAAUCGGGAUAGAGUGGCUGUAGCUUCAUUAGAAAAGAAAUAAAAACAACAAAAUAAACAAAUAGCUAGCUAUAUAUAUAUUAUAUAUGGCUGGCCAAUGCCCUGAUCAUAACCAAACUUUUUCUUGAUAUAUUUUGAUUGGUCAAUUUUUCUGGGAUUCAUGCUGCAGCUAGCCCACCUUGAUCUAUAUAUAUAUAAUAACCUUAAUUUGUUAAAAUAAAAAAUGGACAUAACAUAAUAUAAUAAAAUAAUUUCCUAGAAGAAAGGAAUAAUUUCAGCAAGAUUAUUGGCUAGCUUUUCAUCGACAACUUGCAUUACUGUUAGGUGACAACUACCAGCAAUCUGCAGAGCCAAGACUAUUAGACCAUAUAGCAGGAGGUAAACCUAAAGUACCUAUCCAUCAACAUAGCAUUAACGUACGAACAAGAACAGAACAGAACAGAACAAAAACAAAACUGACAUUUAAUUCUACACAGCCCGAAUAUCUGCUGGUAGCCACCUGCUUGCAUCUACCACCAACCAUUUAAUUUCAAGUUAGCUAGCUAGCUAUGUUGCCCAGAGAUCAGGCCGCAGAAAACGUCCUGCGUGCGCGCAACAGUAAACACAUUGCUGAUCAUGAUCAUGUGGCCGGCCGGGUGUACGUGUUUUUAUAUUUUGAGUACGUACAAUAUUUGGAGAACUAAGGAAAUUAUACAUCCUAAUCUCAAUCGACGUAUCAGCGGAUCGAUCGGUUGUUCGAAAGUAAGGUGAAAGUGCAUAGGAGGCGCGCAUGAAUGUUGUGGUAUAUAUUGACGGGUUUCCUCAGGGGCCCCUCCAUUAAUGGAGUACUGCGAUGCAGGAUCCUUCCCAGAACUCUUCAGGGCAAUGUCGGCCAAACGAUUGUUUAGCGAAUCCCAAUACAAGGUCGAAGAUGAGCCAGCAGACAAAAGACUGAAACCUAGACGGCUUUCUCUUGCUUCUGUUAUUGGAAAAGUGAUCAAGCUGAAUUCCAUGAACAAACAUUUAUCAGACUUGGAACCUUGGCUUAGGAGAUUGGUGAAUGAAGAGUUGGAAAAUGCUCUAAGGCGCUGUAAUUCCCACCUUUUCACUCGGUUUCAUCCAUUGGAAAACCAAGCAGAAGUGGAGACAUCAAGCUGCUUGCAACUUAUGUUUAGUAAGAAGGUUUUACCUUCUACUUUAUUCACAGCAAGCAAGAUUGCAGACAUGGACAACAAUCCUCUUCAACUUGUUCUUGUAGAUCAGAGAAGUACUAGUACUACUGGAGAUCGAGUGCUGGUUCCAAAAGCUGAUCAUGAUCUGUCUUUAUACCCAAUCAAAAUAGAAAUUGUUGUACUAAAUGGUGAAUUCCCUCUUCGGGGCGAUGAAACAUGGAGUAGUGAGGAGUUUAAUCAGAGCAUUGUGAAGGAGAGAGCCGGCAAACGGCCUUUGCUUGCCGGAGAGUUGUGUGUUACCAUGAGGGAGGGGCUUGGCCUGGUCGGAGAUAUAGAAUUUACGGACAAUUCAAGCUGGAUCCGGUGCCGGGAAUUUAGGCUGGGAGCAAAGGUUGUUCCAGGAAGUUACAAAGGAACAGCGAGGAUCCAGGAAGCCAUUACUGAAUCUUUUGUUGUCAAAGAUCAUCGUGGAGAAUCGUACAAGAAGAAGCAUCCACCAAUGUUGGAGGACGAAGUUUGGCGUCUAGAGAAGAUUGGGAAACAUGGAACUUUCCACAAGAAGCUGAGCUCUCAAGGCAUUAACUCAGUUCAAGAUUUCUUGAAGUUGUAUGUUGUCGACACUCCAAGGCUUAGAGAGAUUUUAGCUGGAAUGUCUGAGAAAAUGUGGGAAGUAACCACAAGGCACGCUAGUACUUGUGUUUUGGGAAACAAACUGUACAGGUUCCAGGGAAACGAUAAUUGCGUCAUUGUCCUUAAUCCAAUAUGCCAUGUUGUUGGAGCUUUCAUUGAUGUUGAUGGGCAACUAUUCCCUGCAGCCCCUGAUCUUUCUGUUGAGACGAACUAUAUUCAGAGUUUGGUGAGAGCAGCGUAUGAAAAUUGGAAUUCCUUGCAAGAGGUUCAAGGGAAUUAUUUUGAAUGAGACUGCCAGCUUACUGCCAUAAGGCCGUAUGAUAUAUUAAUUAGCAUAUUAUAUAUAUAUAUAUAUAUAACUCAUGUCUAGCUACCUAAUUAAUUACCAUAUAUGUUAGUGACAAAUUAAUAUAUAUCAUGUAAUUGACAGGCGAAAUGAUGGAGGAAGAUGAUGAGCUCAAGAUCGAUCAACAGUCUUUGCUGAAUUGAUUUCGGCAAGAUGGAUACAUAUAUUACAGAAAGAAUAUAUUAAAUGUGGGGGUAUGUACGUACGGAUUAGGUAGUGAAAAGAUUGAAUUAAUUAAAGACCCUAUAAAAUAUUUGAAAAUACUAUUUUGUCCACUUUGUUUGACCGCCCUAUUAGACUGAUGGGCAAUUUU